GUUUCCUCUACGCUCAGAACAGCACCAAGCGCAGCAUUAAAGAGCGGCUCAUGAAGCUCUUGCCCUGUUCAGCUGCCAAAACGUCGUCUCCUGCUAUCCAAAACAGUGUGGAAGAUGAACUGGAGAUGGCCACUGUCAGGCACCGGCCUGAGGCUCUGGAGCUGCUGGAAGCCCAGAGCAAAUUCACCAAGAAAGAGCUGCAGAUUCUUUACAGAGGAUUUAAGAAUGAGUGUCCCAGUGGUGUUGUUAAUGAAGAAACCUUCAAAGAGAUAUAUUCUCAGUUCUUUCCACAGGGAGACUCGACAACAUAUGCACAUUUUCUGUUCAAUGCAUUUGAUACAGACCACAAUGGAGCUGUGAGCUUUGAGGAUUUCAUCAAAGGUCUUUCCAUUUUGCUCCGAGGGACAGUACAAGAAAAACUCAACUGGGCAUUUAAUCUGUACGACAUAAAUAAGGAUGGCUACAUCAGUAAAGAAGAAAUGCUGGACAUAAUGAAAGCAAUAUACGACAUGAUGGGAAAAUGCACAUACCCUGUCCUCAAGGAAGAUGCUCCCCGACAACACGUGGAGACGUUUUUCCAGAAAAUGGACAAAAAUAAAGAUGGGGUCGUUACCAUAGAUGAGUUCAUCGAAAGCUGCCAAAAGGAUGAAAACAUAAUGCGCUCCAUGCAGCUCUUCGAAAAUGUGAUCUAACUUGUCAAAUAACCCCCAUCCGAACGGACAAAUGUGAACUACUCCACCACGCUGACAAGUCGGAGCUACCAUUUCUAGCAUAGGUUGCUCAGCUUUACACUGAGGCAUAUUAUGCAAACGAGCUUUGUUUUAAUAUAAAACAAUCCCCACAAGGUUUAAGUUUUCCAGUUAUGAAUCUGCAUCUUUUCCACAAUGUCACCGAGUUCAUGAGAUGUGCUAACUCAUUUCAUACUCUGUGAAUAUUCAAAAGGAAUAGACUCUGGCAUAUAGUUUUGCUCCUUUAGCCAUGGAUUAAUAAUGAGGCUUUCACAGGUCAGUGGUUUUAAAAUACCAGUGGUUUUUCCUACUCAUUUGUAUGUAUUCGGUCCUUGGAUUUUAAAUGGUUUUCUAAACUAUUUACAUCUGCAUUUAAUUUUCAGAAAGCAAAUUAACUUUCACUUCAUUCCAUUUAUAUAACACUAAAAAAGGAAAUUUAUUACAAUUAAAAAUCCAAAAAGUACACUCCCAGUUGCUAUGGAUUCACCACCUUUUUUUAAAGACAUUAAUUUAUCUGGCAUUCUUAACAACAUUUCAAAAAUGAGUUUAUUAUCAAAUGUCAGCAGAUGCCUAUGGAAAUUUAUUUUGGUAUUUGUUAAUUUUCCACAUUAAAGCCAAGGCUUGCAUAAUGCAACUCUGGACCUAUUCCGUCUUACAGGUAGACUGUUUUGUAUUGUGUUAUGAAGUGGAAAUUUAAGGUGUCAAACAAACCAAGGAUGUUUACAGACGAGCAAAGGGUCAGGAUGUCUGUCCUCCAACACAGUAAUGCUUAUUAACAACCCUAACAGCAGUAAACACUAAGUCCAGCCCUUCCCCUCAAUGUCCUCACAAUGUUCAUUACAAGCCAUUCAGGGACAGAGACGCCUUGACUACCCCAAAGCCUACUAGGACAAACAUUAAGUAGAAUAGAUUUUGAAAGCUCCAGUGAGUCUAUCAUAUUGAAAACUGUCACUGAAACUGCAUAGAAAAUAUCAACAAUUCAUCUGCACCGUAUUAUGAUUUAGCGCAUCAUAAAAUUCCAACAAUUCAGAUUCCUUCUAGCAAUCUUAAGCCACAACUGUAAGGCCGCCACUGCAGUACUAUAGAUAUACACAUCUUCCCUGUUUUGUAGAACUAUCACAAGGACCAAGAGGCUACAGGAGGAGGAAAUUUGCAACUGUCUGCAACAAUAAAUCAGGUAUCUAUUCUGGUGUAGAGAUAGGAUGUUGGAAGCCGCCCUGCUAUCACCAGUGUAGAAAUUAAGAGUAGUACAGUACAUGUACACUGAAAUCUGCCACCGCGUGUCUGUGUCAACUCAAUGUGCACAUUUUGUAUUUCAAAAAGGAAAAAAAUAAAAGCAAAAUAAAGUGUUUAUUACUCUACUGUCUGUCAUAAAUCUUUAUAUUCUGACAAGUUUUGUAAUUACUAGAUUAAAACUAUCUUAUCUUAUAGAAUGUUCCAGAUUGUAGAUAUUUCGGGGUAGUACAGCACACAAAGAAGAAAAUCCAAAGUGAGACCAGGGCUCAGGAGGCUGCUGUAGCUGGCACGGUGGAAGGAUGUGACAAGGAACUAGAGGCCUGAGGAACGAGAGGGCCUGACAGACCAGGAAGCAAACUGCUGGAGGACGGGCAUUUCUGCAGUGCCGCUCCUCGGAAAGGCUUGUAAUCUUUCAACCGACAGCUGCAGGACGAGCUGAAAGAAAAGUGCAAAGAGGCCAACCCAGGCCCUCACGGCCCAGGCUCCCAGGGCCUAGGACGGCUGCAUCCACAUGCCAGUGCUGCCUGUCUUGUGCUUUCCAAAGUCAGGCUCCACUGCCCUGGGGCUGUGGCCACUCAGGUCCUCUAGCACUGUUCUUGUCAAGAAGACAGAUGCCUCGUUCCUAUUUUCUCCUUCUCGUCCCCUACUCCUUCCUCUUACAGAGUGACCUAGAGGAGCUUUGAGCACAUCAGAUAUCUAGGCUGUGUCUAUAAAUCAUGUUUUUGAAAAAACCAAGUAACUAUUAAAUACAAAUAAGCACUAGAAAAUCAAUGAAUUAAGAUUUAUUUUCUGAGUAUCUGUAUAUGUACAUCAGUAUUUUCAGGCUAUGAAAUGCAAAAAUAACAUUUACUUAAAUAUAAUUAAUACCUAAAGUUUAGGCAGUUUUAACAAGUUGUAAUAAACAACAUACUUUCAAUAGACUUCUCACAUUUAAAAGAUUAACCUAGACUACUCAGGAAAGAAAUAUUCCCAAGCAUUCUGCAUUAUAAAAUACAUAUUUACACAUUAGAGUUAAUAAUGAAUUCACAAAUAUUUACCUACUAUCUUAAAUUUCUUCAGUCUUGAUAAUUAAUAGUCAAAAAACACUAUAAAAUAA